CAAAUUCUAUGGCCAAUCAAUUGACAUCUAACAGAGCCUAUCGUCUCUAUGCUGGACAUGGCAACUGGAUAAACCUAAACGCUCAGACCACAAAAGAUUUACUUGACAUUUUCACAAAGGGAGUACCCACUCGUUAUCAGUUAGCUCCUGGUUUAUCCAUUGACAUUAUACCUCACGACGUUGACUGUAAUAGUAAAAACAUUGACAUGUUGGGCUUAAUGCGCGCUGAUCUAGUUUACGAUUCUGAUGAGAACGUCACUCAGCAACGGAUGUCGAAUUAUAUUCGUGAUAUUCUCGAUGAGCAAGGUAUCAUUGAUGCAUUUCCUCCAACUAAACCAGACGAAGAAUUACCUCCUAUUACCUCUUUACCUACCCACAGGCAUCUCAGCCUUGUGCCCUCCGUCGCCGGUUCUAUCCGUCGUGGCCCCAAAUCAAGCCAAGGUUAUGCUUCAAAAAGUGGGCCUUUAUCUUUAAAAAAAAGAGUGGCCACAUCCCCUUCGAGGCGCUCGCUAAAGAAGCCUCGACAACAAAAGAAUGAACUGCUUAAAAAGAUCAUAUUGCCUUUAUCCUCAAACCUUCGCUCGGAUACGAACGACCCAUAUCCAGUGGUCAGCUCUCAUUCCCAACAUCAUCCCUCGGACCUCUGUAUUCUAUCCUCGUCUUCUUCCACAUACCAACCCAACCCUGUGUUCUCUCUCUCGGCUAGUCUUCAUCCAUCAUUGACAAAUGACGAAACGGACGGUCAAUUAAAUUUACAAAAACUGUCACCCAUGGUGUUUUUGAAUGAAUAUGAACACGAUUUCUCUAGCCAAAAGGAUCCUGUCUUGUCAUCCUACUACCCUUGUUCUUCUACUUCCUCAUCAUCCGCCAUCACUUCAAGCACAGCUAAUCAGCUUCUAGAAAGACAGCAACAACAGCAAUCCUUUCCUGAGGAAAGCAGCCCGCUGGAUGAGCCCAUGAUGUCUUCUUCUUGUUGGGUCAACGUACAUUUGAACGAUGUAAAAGAUGAAGACGAGCAGUGGAUGUCAUCUAUUGAAUACAGUCGAAAGGAUAGCAACUGUAGCACCAACAGCCAUAUCUUUAUGCACGCGCCCAUCAUGGCAACUAGACCCUUUGACAAUAGGUCAUCUAUGGAUCAAAAUUACUACUUUAACGAUUCUUCAAAAUCAACUACGGGACCUACCUCUCCAAGCGACUUUAAUGACAUAACAACAUUACCACAAAACAUGAAGCACAUUGUGAUGCAAAGUAGGGCUAAACAAUAAAUAUAGUUUUUUAUUUUAAAGAGAGCACUGGUAUAAUCGAACAAGUUCACAGUUUAAGUUUUCUUGAAUGGUUUUCACCUGUGCUUUCCAUUCAU